AUGGAGAAAUACAACAUUUCGGAAAAGAAAUGCUGUGGUGACCAGACGUUGUACGACAUGCCUCAAUUUCAGUCGGAUUGUUGUGGAUCACAGUUGUAUGAUGUCAAUCAAUCACAGUGUUGCAGAGGGACAAAAACGGUCAUUCCAACCAAUCUAGAGUGCUGUGGAGAGGGUUCGUUUAACGAGUCUACCCAUCUCUGCUGCAAUAGCUUUAUCAAGUCAAAAGAAGAUGGCUCGAGAUGCUGUGGGUCGGAAACAAUCGAUGUCACCGAGGGUUGUUGUGGAGCCAAGGCUUAUAACCUUUCCACACACCAAUGCUGCAAAGACAGUACAAUAAUACCCAAACAUCAGAGUUGUUGUGGUUACCAUGGAUACAACAACCGUACUCAGCUAUGUACAGACAAUUACAGAGUAAUCAACAGGACAUCCAGAUCCUCUUGUUACAACGGAUCCGACCAUUGCUGCAACAAUGACUGUUGUGGGGAACACACAUUGUACAACAAGUCGUCACAGAUCUGUUGUGAAAACCAAGAUUUCUAUAGCGUAACUGCUAAAGAGAACAAAGAAUGCUGUCUUCACAAGAUUUACGAUGUUAGAAGCCAUUCCUGUAAGAAAGGUCGCAUUCUUAGAUUUCAAGAAGACCUUUGUGGUAAAAAGAAAUACAACAUUUCGAAAAAGAAAUGCUGUGACCAGACGUUGUACGACAUGCCUCGAUUUCUGCCGGAUUGUUGUGGAUCACAGUUGUAUGACGUCAAUACAUCAAAGUGUUGCAGAGGGACAAAAACGGUCAUUCCUAACAACCUAAAGUGCUGUGGAGAAGGCAAAUAA